AUGCAGGGCCUUGGCUCGGGAGACCGUAAGUCCUCAGGGCCAUCCUGCGCUCUGUGCAUGAAGCAGGACGCAGGAUUAGUACGUCAUCUCCAGCGGCGUCGCUCGAGCGUGGGCAGCUGCUCUUCCGAGCCUGAAGCGCGGCUGUGGCAGUGGCCGCCGCUCUGGGCCGGGCGGUGUGGGCGCCAAAGGCGAGGCCUGCACUCGGAGCUGCGCAGACGCCCCCUGUGUGCCGACCGCGCCCCCUGGUGUGCCGACCGCGCCCCCCAGGUGUGCGGACCGCGCCCCCUGGUGUGCCGACCGCGCCCCCUGUGUGCCGACCGCGCCCCCUGGUAUUGGUCCGCCGGAUGUGCGUCAUCAAAUGGCGACAGAUUUACGGCUGUCGUGCUCCCCAUAUCUGCCGUGGUGAAGGCAGGAAAGUUGGUGGAGGAGCAAAAGGCUACGAUGGAGGAAGAGGAAGAAGUGAAUGCAGAGGUGGCGGAGGAGCCGGACGAGCCGGAGGAAGCGGCCUGCAGCAGCAGCAGCAAGAAGAAGAAGAAGGUUGUUCCUGGUAUUGUGUACUUGGGCCACGUCCCGCCGCGAUUCCGGCCCCUGCACGUACGCAACCUGCUCAGCGCCUACGGCGAGGUGGGACGCGUUUUCUUCCAGGCCGAGGAUCACUUUGUGAAACGCAAAAAGAAGGCAGCCGCGGCUGCAAAGAAAGGAGCUAAAUACAGCAAGGACUAUACGGAAGGCUGGGUGGAGUUCCGAGACAAGCGCAUAGCCAAGAGAGUGGCGGCCAGUCUACACAACACUCCCAUGGGCUCCCGCAAGCGCAGUCCCUUCCGAUAUGACCUGUGGAACCUCAAGUAUCUGCAUCGUUUUACGUGGUCCCACCUCAGUGAACACCUUGCCUUUGAGCGCCAGGUCCGGAGACAACGUCUGAGAGCAGAGGUCGCCCAAGCAAAGCGAGAGACUGACUUCUAUCUUCGAAAUGUAGAACAGGGACAGCGCUUCCUUGCUGCUGAUGGGGACACCACGCGGCCAAAUAGCUCCUGGACAUUUACUCAGCGUCCCACCGAGCAGGAGCUGAGGGCCCGGAAAGCUGCGCGGCCAGGAGGGCGGGAACGAGCUCGGUUGGCCACCGUCCAGGACCAGGCCCGAUCCAACAGAGGGCUCCUUGCCAAGAUCUUUGGAGCCCCUGUACCUGCAGAGAGCAAGCCAGACCCAUAGCCAGUAAGGGGCCUCCUGAGGGAAGAAGAAAUACCUACAGCCCUGCCCCAUUCUGAUCCGCCUCCUGCAGAGUGUAACCAUCUAGGCAGAUGUUUUCUCUAUUCCACAGACCAAGAGUCUGGGAAAAGGCCUUUUUGUUGGUGUCUUUUACCUACUUUGACCAAACCCUGUUAGUGCCAGGCUGAGAACCUUACUCAUCCUAUCCAGGAUGAAGACCACUGUAGGUGCCUAUUGCGUUUUGUUUGAUUUCUGAUUGCCUGCCUCUUUCUCAGUGGGCACCUAACAGUUUGUGGCUGGAAGAGGGGACUCGCCUUCCAAAGGUAGUGGUCUGUGGUGUUUGUUCACUGUGGUGGAGGGCUGAAUUAACAGGAAUUGAAUAGUGGUCCAGUUUGAGUUUUAUAUUUGAAAAUAAAAAAUAAUUUAUUUUUA